AUGAGCCAACUUCGCAAAAAACAGUCGCUGUCAAUUCUGUCUGGAUCGUUGCUGAACCAGGUGAACGGCCAGGUUCCUGCGGUGGUGGCAGAUAAGCCUGCUAAGGACCGGGUGUUUAGCGAGAGCACGGGACUGAUCAAAUUUUCUUUGCGGCAGGGGUCUGAGGAGACGGAUGUGGAGCCCAAGGAGGACGAGAAACAGGGUCUGCCGAUUUACAUUCCGAUCGAGGAGAACGAAGAGCUGUUGGACGAGACAGAGAAACAAACGGAGCUGAACGAGGUGAUGUUCCAAUUGGCUGCCAAACAGCGAAGAUCGCUCGAGCUGAAAGAAGAGCUGCUCAAGGUGGACGCAGACAUCAGAGAUCUGGAAUCGAGAUGUCGCAAACUCACCCAGAGACAGCAAAAUCGAGCCCCAAAGAAACCGGCCAAAAAACAGUCCAUCAUGAACUUUGCCGCCAGACCAGACAAAUUGGCCGCCCAGGAACCAAUUGCCCAGUUCAGCAAGACAAUCAAUACCUUCACCAACAAUCUCAGUAACAACAUCCAGACCAACGACCUGUUGAACCGCGGAAAAGCAUUCAUCGAGAAUCUGAAUAAAGAUAACGAAAAGUGGCUCAACGAGCUACAGACCAAGGCAUCCAACUUCAAAACGGACCAAAACCCGAUGUUCAAGAAACUGAUUGGGCCCAAAGACUUGUCGUCGCCGUUGAUCCCAAACUUCAAGGCUCUAAACGUGUUCAACUCGAACCAUUCGCAAUCCCCAAUCAGGGACUCCAGAACAGACCAUAUGGACCCGGAGUUCGAGUACUCCGAGUGCCAGUACUACGACCAAACGCUCGUGUCGGACGACGAGCAUUACGGCGGCCAUACCGUGCCUUACCUCGCACCUUCUACAUAG